GAUUUUGCAGCGCGCUAUAGUCAGUCGCGCGUUCUACCUCUCGCGCAUCACUUUAACGUUGGGCUGCAGCCGGUCAACGCGCUACGUUUAUUCUUAUUCAGCUGCAGUUAGUGUCCCUUGAAAGAAUUUUAACGCGGUAACACGUCCUGUAACGUAAAAUCAGUGAAAAAGUGUAGUGUUUUGUGACGAGAGUGUAAUCAUCUGCGUGGGAUUCAGUGGACUUUCUGGAAUAGACGGAACUCCGACACAUUGUAUCUUGAUUACAAAGGAGGGUUUCCUAGAUCAAACGUCAUCCGGACCAGACUAUCCUGGGACUGGGAAUACCCUCUAUCAAUAAAGUAGCAGACUAGGGCGCCACCCGUUUGGAUUAAUAAUGCAUCCCUUUGACGAGGCAGACUAAGGGUUGGGACUCAUCGAGAAGGAGAGACAAGUUGGCGAACGCUUAUAAGCGUGGACCAUGAGCCAGCAGACGGAUCAGGACCAGGACAAAAGUAUGGACAAGAAGGAGAUUGCAGAGGAAGAGAGAGAGAAGAUGCUAAACGAGGAGAACACGAAACACAUCGGUGCAGCCCCAGCAUCCGAUCUCGAGUCCGAGGAGCAGAAGCCCAAGAAGAAGAUACCCAUUGGCGGUAUAAAGAUGCCAGGAUUCUGUAGGACCAAGAGCAAGGAGCCGUGCAAGGAUGACGAGGCUAAGCCUGCUGAGGUUGCUGAGGUUGAACCCACUGCAGUGAACAAGGACGCUGAGAAUCCUGGAACAGAGAAGCCAAGCACACCUUCGAAGGAUACCAAGGAGAAGGAAAAAGAGGGUCGCAAGGGAAUUCUCGACGCCAUCAGGCUUCCUCUGGUCUCUGUUUUUCCCAGGAAGAAGAACAAGGAAGGAGACGCCGAGCUGGGUACUACAGGGGCUGUUGGUUUGGCCAGCGUCGAGACUCCGGACGAUACUGGAGUCGAGAAGAGCGCAGCUGGCGCUGAUGACGGAAUGGAAACCGUCAGGCUUGAUGGAGACGCUACCGAUGACGCUGCUCCGAGCAAACAGCAUCCUCUGGUUGUAUGUUUAUCGGCUGCCAGGAGAAAUCUCUUCGUCGUCGUGGCUACCCUCUGCAUUCUUCUGGCCGUGAUCAUCAUCAUCUGCGUCGCUUGCGUCGGUCCAAGGAGGAACGUUUCUCAGCAGCUCAAGGAUGGAAAGUACAUUGAGACCAUCACCUCGUGUGGCCCAGUCGAGGGUGUCCUCGAGGACGGUGGAUUUGCAUUUCGCGGUAUCCCUUAUGCUGUGCCACCGGUGAAUCAAGAACGCUGGCGACCUGCUCAGCCAUUGAGAAGGAUCGAGCACUGCUGGGAAGGAACUUACUUGGCUCACAAUUCGUCAGAGAUGUGCUGGCAGCGAGAAACAUCAGGACGCGUUGACGGAGUCGAGGACUGUCUCUUCCUCGACGUCUUCACUCCUCAUGUGAAAUACGAUUCUCCUUUACCAGUAGUCGUGAUGAUAGGCGCCGAAACCUUGACUGGCGCAUCGCCCGGAGUCAUGCAGCCAUCUGCAAAGCUCGCCAGAGUUCGCGACAUGGUUUUCGUCAGGCCAAACUUCAGGCUCGGCGUCUUUGGCUUCCUGGCCGUGGAACCGCUCUCCAGAUCCACUCAUCCUCCUACGUCUGGCAACUAUGGACUGUCUGAUAUCAUUGCGGCACUCGAAUGGGUGCAGCUGAAUAUUGAUCACUUUGGCGGAGACAAGAAGUCCGUUACGCUCUGGGGACACAGGGCUGGCGGUACUCUCGUUACUACUCUUGUCGGUGCCAGGAAAGCUAAAGGUCUUUUCUCCAGGGCAUGGGUCUCUAGCGGCAGUGCCAUAUUUCCAGGAAGAUCUCUCAAGGAGUCCGAGGAGCUGAACAAAGCUUACCUUAAUUCCUUACACUGCAGCGACGCCUCGUGUCUCAGGAAGCAAAACAGCGAAGACCUCAUGGAUGCUGUUCCGGAAUCUUGGCAACAUGGAACUCCUGGUCUACCUGAACCACGCGAAUACAUGGCGAACGGGACUCACGAAUGGCUUGUUCUCGAUGGCGUCAUUCUCCAGGAACAUGUAGGACAGAUCUGGGCCAGAGAUGGACUCCCUGUCAAGCUCGUCAUUGGGACCACAGCUCAAUCCGCUAUACCUGCGAGGUAUAUGAAUCCAAACGUCACUCUGGAGAAGCAUCAGGUCGAAGAAGUCAUCCGGGAGUCGCUCCUGGGUACCAUAGGACUUGCUGAUGAAGCACUUAGGCGUUACAAUGCUACGAAGAAGGGUCUUCUUAGUCUGAUCUCCGACAUCAGAGUGAUCUGUCCUUUGCUGACUGUUGCUAGACAGCAGGAACAUAUUCCCUUCUACGUUGUCACUCAACCAAGAGGAGAGUUGGCAGAUCCUGACAGCGACGCUGCCGCCAUACUGGGAUCCUACGCAGCCAGAACACCUGAAGAGAAAAGACACGUGUCGGCGAUGCAGCAACUCUUCAAUCAUUACGUCUGGCAUGGAGAAGUGGCUCAAGAGGAUCCAAAGGGUGCUAAGAGGGUUCUUAUCGUAGACCAGGAUAUCCUACCGGAAACGGAUUAUCCCAACUGCGAUUUUUGGAUUAAGAAGAAUAUCGUACCCAAUUACGCGAAGGUGGAGUAGAUCAUCCUUGGGCAUAAAUUACAUCGCACUACAAGAUCGCAUUUAAACAAGACUCACUUUGAGCUCUUUUUUCUUUGUUAGUCAACGGACGAAGCGCGGCUCAUAAAAAUACAAAGUCUCUUAAAUACCUUAAACUACUUAAGUAGCUUGAUAUGUGUAUCCUACCUUCGUGGCGGAGCAUACUCACACACAGCCACCAUCUGUGGAGAUACUCGUUAAUAAAUAUUCAAACGACAGACACACACGCACACAUACACAAACAUAAAAACAAAAACACUUAGAAUAAUAAUAAGUAUAUUAGAUUAAAAAGUGAAGCAGAGAUUAAAACAAAGAAAGAAUUAUGUACGUGUGCCGCAAAGUAAAAUGAUAAUAUGUAUAUGUAUAAAUGUGAAUCAAAUUGUAAUAUAUUGCGUGGAGUUAGAUGGGAAUGAUAAUGAAACGGUAAUGAUGGAUCUGCAGAGGAGUCUGCGCAAGCGCGAAUGCUUACGAAAGGAAGAAGCGAACAUUGGAAAAGCGAAGUUUAGCUAAAGAGAGAAGAAAAUUAGAAUCGACAGUGCAUAUUAUAUCAAUAUAUAUAAAUAUAUAUUCUUGUAAGGUAUGAAUGGAGAAGGUAGGGGAAGCAUUGAAGGCAGUUUGACGAUAUUGAUGAAGAUAAAAAAAAUUGAGCCGUCUGUCUGUCGUCCCAUUCCUUUUCCAUUCUGUGCACGCUGGGGAAGUCACGGCUUGCGAAAAUUUCUCGAUCCUUGACUUCUCUGCUUUAGAAUAAACAUAUUCUUAAGUCUUGACGAUUAGUUUGCUUGAGAUUAUAAACAGGCGAAAGACAAAACGUCGACAGGUUCCUCUUCGCGGGUGGAAACGUCGCUAUGUCUUUUUUAAACCUCGCGUGACCUUUUGAUAUGCGAUUUUACUGAUUAAACAAAAAAAAUCUGAUCGCGUCUGCGGGUAUUGACAGACAAAUUUUCAAAAGUAACUUUUUUACGAGUAUUUUGUACCAGCUUUAUUAUUAAUUUUAUUAAUCUCAUAUUGUUCUUGUUUUUUUUUAUUAAUUGUAUUUAAUUUAGGGAUAAUUUUAAGUGACUGUGAUCUAUAUUAUCAUGGAUCACACUGACUGAUGCGACGUACUACUACAUACGUCAUAAGCCAAGACAAAAGACUCUGAUUUUUCAUUGAAAACUGCCAAAUUUUCAUAGUCCUUGAAGCUCGACUAACAAAAUGGUGUCCCUUAAGGAUAUUGUGUCCCUCAGGUAAAUCUUAUGAAACCUUUUGGUCCAAUUUUAUAAAGACUCUCGGGGUUCUUGCGAGCGUUGACAUGUCGGCAUGUCCGUAAUUCGCGUUUUUCGCGCAAAUUAAACAACGUAAUUACUACAAGUACUACGUACAUAACAUACAUAUAUAAUUAAAUAUCUACAUUAUAUAGGUUCCCGUGGACGCGAUCGUUCUACACCUGAAAACUGAUCGACUCGUGUUGCGUCAGUUUUAUUUUAAAUGAUGGAUCACUUAGCGUCACCAAGACUAUUCAUUACGACGAUAUUAAUUUAUUUUCACGAAGAUGUGAUAAAUUAGUAUUUAUAACUACUCUCACGUAAUCAAGUUUACACAAUACACUUAGAUUAGAUUAUUACACGCUAUAUAAAAUUCCUUAGCAAGAAAUGCGAGUGCGAACGAAGCGACUGUACGUUCUACGUAUUUUAGUUGCCGAUUUGAUUAAAGGAGUGAAUUUUUAAAAACUUUUUUUCCAGAAAUCUUGAAUCUCUCACUUUCAAUAGUUUGUCGUUUACACCGCAGGCUUUCCGUGUUUGCUUGCGUUGUAUUGUGUACACCAAUGUGAAAUUAUUGUAUGUGCCCUUAAAUCGAUACUGCAAAAUGUGAUUUUCACAGAUGAUUUGUCUCCAGCUAAUGUAUUUUUCUUUGGAAUUAACGACUAUUGCAUUACGCUAUUACAUUUUUCUUGUACCCCACUGUACCGUCAAUAAAGUCGUGUAAUCAGA